AGUUUCUUCAAGACGCUCAUCGACCAUGAGGUCACCGUGGAGCUCAAAAACGACAUCCAGCUCAAGGGCAUUCUGAAAAGCGUGGACCAGUACCUCAACAUCAAGCUCGAUGACAUCCAAGUAGUAGAGGAGCUCAAGUACCCUCACUUGAGCUCCGUCAAGAACGUCUUCAUUCGUGGUUCCGUUGUGCGAUAUGUUCACCUUCCUGCGGCGUCGGUUGAUACUCAACUAUUGGAGGAUGCUACUCGAAGAGAAGCUGCUGCACAGCAGGCGAAAGCGAAAUAA